AUGGCCACAUCGUCCUGUCUCGAGGAGAGGUUGGAGCUCGUUUCAGUUGACAUCAAUAUGGAUGAUGUUGAAGCAUUUAGAUACACUCUGGAGGAUCUUAUUAGUGAAGAUUCCACUAUCUCUACAACAUCCUGCUCACCCUCAACUACUGCUACCACAAUUAUACCGGCUGAGAGUUAUGGGAUUGCUACAUGUGCCAGAGUCACAAGUCUAACACAGCCUGCCUCCAAGGACUUUUCUACUCCCUACAGUAGCUAUGUUGAGAGCUUGACACCAAUUUGGAUUGACCAGCUUGGAUUGGUAUCUGCACAAUGGUUUGACUAUCCAUCAUACGGUCAUUCAGCUGUAGGGGUAAAGGGCAUAUAUGGAUGCACAGCAGUGAUCAUAGCAUCCGAAAAGGGUGUAUACAUCUCACAUAUUUGGGAGAGCCCUGUGUUUGUUGACGAGGCUCUCAAUCUAACUGAUGACAGCUUGUUCACGAUAACUGCGUUCAACUCCCUGCGAAACGGAACCGUAUAUGCACAAAGUGUGAUUGAUUUGAUCGGGACUGAUCAUAGUCCUGGGGUCCUGAAUGCAAUCUACGCACCCAAAGUGUUUGUUCUCACACCCUUCACCACAGAUUGGGAUCGACGGAACUUUGGCAUUUCCACCACACUCAGAUAUCAAGCGCGCGCCGAAAAGCUCGCGCAAAAGAUAACAGAUAUUGUUCCUGGCUCCGGCGGAAAUGGCAUCAUCCUGGGUUAUACACGCACGAGUCGGCAGGCAUCAAGUCAGGAACCAGGCAUUGCAGGAAGAGCCAUUUUGGAGAUUGACCCCUUUUACACAUGGCUCACUACACCAUACGACACAAAGACGGCGGGUCUUCAAAUUAGUCGUUGGUGUCUGUGGGUAGAGGACCAGCUGAUUACUUACCAAGACUUCUGGCUUCCUUGUCUUACAGCUCCUGAGGUACUUCUUGACGAGACAUUGACUAACAAGACGUUUAUUACACCAAGCAGAGCAAGAGCUACUCCAUAUUUUUGA